AUGGUUCAUCUCGCUUCCAUUGUUGCCGUCGGCCUGACUGCUCUGACCGGCAUUGUCUCCGCUCACCCGGGACAUGAUGUCAAAGCCGAAGCCGCCGAGCGAGCUGCGUUCUUGAAAGAGGCCUCUGUUCACUCGCGCAGUCUUGCGCAGUGUACCUCUCAUCUCCAGCGUCGAGGCCACCAAAGCCGAAACGUGGCCCGUCGUCACACAUCCGUGAAGAACAUACGUCGCCGCCUUGGUCUUCAGCAUACCAACCACUUCCUCAAGGCGCGCUCCGAUGACGCCCUGGAUACCUCGCAUCACUCCAAUCUCACGAGUGUGGAUUAUUCGACCGAUCCCGAAGUGUUGUUUGGCGCCGAGGCGACAUGCAUUCUCGGACCGGAGGUGACACAGGGACCCUACUAUGUCACCGGUGAGCUCGUUCGUAAGAACAUCGCCGAGUCCCAGGAAGGUAUUCCUCUCUACCUGGACAUCCAGCUGAUCAACACCAACACCUGCGAACCCAUUCCGCAGCUCUACACGGACUUGUGGCACUGCAACUCCACUGGUGUCUAUUCUGGAGUCGUCGCCAGCGGAAACGGAAACUCCAACGAUUCCACCAACCUCGACACGACCUUCAACCGAGGUAUCCAGAAGAGUAACAGGGACGGUGUCGUUCAGUUCCAAACAACCUUCCCAGGUCAUUACACUGGCCGGGCAACUCACAUCCACGUUCUCGCCCACCCAGCCAACGAAACCAGAGUCCUCGCCAACGGCACCAUCUCCGGCCUCUACACCACGCAUUCAUCGCACGUCGGACAGAUCUUUUUCGACCAGGAUCUCAUCACCGCCGCCGACGAAGUCGCCCCUUACUCAACCAACACACAGGAAGUGACCACCAACGCCGACGACAGCAUUCUCGGCGAAGAGCUCGACGUCAUUGACCCCUUCAUGGAAUACAUCUAUCUGGGCGACGAUAUCUCCGAGGGAAUCUUCGCUUGGAUCACUGUUGGUUUGGACCCUACACAGGAUACCACUGUUACCCCUGCGGCUUAUUAUACUGAGGACGGUGGUGUUGAGAAUGAGAAUGCUGGUGCCGGUGGUGGUAGUGGGGCCCCUCCCGACGACGGUGCUUCCUCUGGCAGUUCCUCGACUACGGCUGCUUAA